CUCGGGUCUGUGAUUCAUGGGCUCGGUCCUCAACUAAUGUGCUCUUUCUACCUACGAAUUGAGUCCUUCUGGAAGCAAGACUUUGCCUCUAACCGGACCUGUUACGCUUUCAGUCUGCUCACUCAAAUCCACGUUCAGAUCAUCUCCUAGACUCGGAACCAUGGGCGCUUACCAGUCUAAGCCAACAGCUGCCGAGAGGGCCAUUGUUGACCGCCUUCGGGCCCUCGACCUGGAGAGGAAGCAGGCUGUCAACGACGAUGGCUACGUCGAGGUUGACGAUUUUGGCCAGUCCGGCUCACCCAACGAGAAGACACUUGGUGCUCUGAGGCGAUCCCCGACCACCCUCGACGUCUCGCAGCUCGAGGACUGGCAGGCCAAGUUAUUAGAGGACCCCAAGAACAGGCUUGCUUUGUCGGCUCUCUCGGCCGCCAACCCUCGCGAUGUCCUGACGUCUCGGGCCGCCCAAAUAUCCGACCAGCAAGUCUACAAUAUCAAGAUCCCAUUCGAGGGUGCCCCCAUCACGAACCAGCGGUCAUCGGGCCGGUGCUGGCUCUUCGCCGCUACCAACGUCUUCCGAGUCGCCCUAAUGCAGAGGUACAACCUUGAGACGUUUGAGCUCUCGCAGUCAUGGCUCUUUUUUUGGGACAAGCUCGAGAAGGCCAACUACUUCCUGGAACAAAUCAUCGACACGGCAGAUGAGGAUCUGGACUCGCGCUUGGUGCAGACCCUGGUGCAGGCUCCUUUAUCUGAUGGAGGACAAUGGGAUAUGGUUUAUAACCUUGUCGCCAAGUAUGGCCUCGUUCCACAGGUUCUGUACCCGGAUUCUUUCAACGCCAUGUCCAGUGGCAUAGUCAACUCUAUCAUCUUUACCAAGCUCCGAGAGGAUGCGCUUAUCUUGCGAAGCCUGCUGAAAUCCUCCGCCGCCACGUCCUCUAGCGUCGCAGCUGCAAAGGCGAAGAUGGUCAAGGAAAUUCACACGAUACUAACUCUGACCCUUGGACCGCCCCCUGCAGCUACUGAGGAGUUCACAUGGCAAUAUGUCGACAAGAACGGCAAGGCAAGGGAGGUCAGCACCACCCCAAUCGACUUUGCGGUAGACAUCUGGUCCUCGGAGUAUCGCGUUACCUCGUCCGUCAUUGCUGGCCUUGUCAGCUUGGUACACGACCCGCGCAAUCCUCCCCUGAGCCUGCUCACUGUGGACAGGCUCGGGAAUAUAGUUGGCGGCCGGGGUAUAACUUAUAUCAAUGUGGAUAUGCAGACGCUCAAGAACGCGUGCGUGUCCAUGCUCAAGGCCGGACUGCCUGUCUUCUUCGGCAGUGAUGUUGGCAAGUUUAGCGACCGCGUGAGUGGGGUCAUGGACGUCGAACUGAUUGACUAUGAGCUCGGCUUUAAUGUGAGCCUUUUGGGAAUGGACAAAGCAUCCAGACUGAGGACUGGUGAGAGCGCUAUGACACAUGCGAUGGUACUGACUGCUGUCCACGUGGAUGAGCAAGCGGGCAAGACAGUGCGUUGGAGGGUGCAAAACAGCUGGGGGACCGCGAGUGGCGAGCAGGGCUGGUUCGUGAUGAGUGACAAGUGGAUGGACGAGUUUGUCUACCAAGCAGUGAUUGAUCCAAAGUUCCUGAGCAAGGAGGUGCGGAACGUUCUGAACAAGGAGCCCAUUGUGCUGCCACUUUGGGACCCCAUGGGGGCGCUCGCUUAGAUCAUCGUAGGACAGUGAACAUAUGGGCUCAGUUGCAGAAUUGACAUAUCUGCAAAGACAG